GAGCUGCGAAGAGUACGCUCGCGUCUAUUACGUAGUGUGUUUAUAGUGAAGUGUAUAUUGUGAAGAAAUUUCGAAUGUCGUGAGGCGAAAGAUAGUGUUGUUUUUUUAUCGCGAAGUGCAACUUGUGUUAUCAAAACGAUGUUGUUAGUGUAUUAGAAAGUGAAUUAAUCAAAAUGUGUACAGCACGGUUGUGUGCAAAAUUGAUUUUUGCCACGUAGUGACGCGAACGGGUAAUGAUUCCUAAUGUGGAGUUCGAAGCAAGAUGGUUAGAGAGACUCGGCACCUGUGGGUUGGAAAUUUACCCGAUAACAUACGUGAAGAUCGAAUAAGAGAGCACUUUAAACGCUAUGGCCGAGUCCAGAAUGUCAAGUUAUUGGGACGAAUGGAGAGCCCAAGUGCGAGUACGAACGGAGCUGGUAAUAGCGGUGUGUGUGCCACUGUUGCCUUUAUGGACAUCAAGUCUGCAUCAAAGGCUCAUAACAUUGAGCACGUGUUGGACGAACGAACUCUUACUACUGAGUAUUACGAGCCAGCCGCUAUACCAUCGUCCGCGGGCGCGCCUUCUGCUGGCUCGUCGCCUGCUGGCUCUGGCUACUCAGGUUCUUCAUCCUCCGUGAAUUCUGCACCUGCACCUGUAACCAACUCGCGCUAUCACCUCUCAGGGGAGGAGAGUGCGGGUAACGCGUGUGCGAUGGCUGCGUCGGCUGCGGCACCGGCUACGUGGCGAGGCACCAACGACAGCGCAACCGAGUUCUGCCGCCGCGGUAACACCCCUGCGGCAUACGGCAGGUACCAGAGGAACAGCUCCACAGCACCAUAUGCUACGCCCCCUUCAAAUGUUGAAAGGACGACACCUCAUCACCGAUGGUACGCGACCGCGGCCGGCGGGACGGGCGCUGCGGGCGCCGCGGGCGGAGAGAGCACGCCCAGUACGCCCGGCGGCGGCACGGAGCGGCGGCGCCGGCUCUCGGGUUCCGGCUCGUCGCGCUCCGAGUCCAGCUCGCCCGAGCCCAGCGAUACGUCUCGCGCGUCCACGCCGGCCACGCACCACCACCUGCAGCACCACACUGCGAGGCGAACGCCUCCGCCGCAUCCGCAUCAGUGGCCAUCAACGGCGAACGGAAGACCUCUUGCGAUAUGUGUACGAAAUUUGCCGACUAGAUCGACCGAUAGCUCGCUUAAAGAUGGUCUUUAUCAUGAAUACAAAAAACAUGGAAAAGUGGUGUGGGUUAAAGUGGUCGGUCAGAAUGCUGAUCGCUAUGCGGUUGUCCGUUUUAAAAAGCCGUCCGACGUAGAAAAGGCACUAGAAGUGUCUCAAGAUAAGCUUUUUUUUGGUUGCAAGAUCUCAGUGGCACCUCACCAAAGUUGCGACGAUGAUGCGGAGUCGGCGAAACCUUAUGAGACUGAUAUUGAUGAAUACCAUCCGAAGGCAACAAGGACGUUAUUUAUCGGAAACUUAGAAAAAGAUGUAACGCAGCAACAAUUAAGAGAUAAGUUCAAACACUUUGGACGUAUAAUAGAAAUCGAUAUAAAGAAGGGAAGUGGCGGCGGAGCGGGCUACGCGUUUUGUCAGUACGCGUCCAUCUCCAGCGUAGUGGAAGCGAUCCGGGCUAUGGAUGGCGAGUACGUCGGCAGCUCACGGGUCAAGCUAGGUUUCGGGAAACCAGUUGCCACUACCUGCGUUUGGGUCGACGGUCUCACGGAGCACACGGAAAAACAGGUGCUGGGCGCGGUGUCGCGGUGCGGCGCGGCCACGUCGGUGUGCGUGGACCGCGCGGCGGGCGCGGCGCUCGUGCACUUCGAGCAGGCGGCGGCGGCGGGCGGCGCCGUGCGCGAGCUGCGCCGCGUGGCCGCGCAGCUCUCCGCCGCCGAGCCCGACCAUCCGCGCCUCUGCGUCGACUACGCCUCCAGAGAGUGCCAGGAAGCUUUUUAUGAACAAUUAGAAAAACAUGGCGGAUCUGCGGCAUUGGCGGGUACGGAAAGAGUAGUCAGCGAUAUUCCUGGUCGGUUUUUGCCGGCUACGAGGCACGAGUCGAUACGAUUCGAGGCAGGCGCUCCGCGAUCUCGAGCUCCAAGCUUCGGCCGUUCAUCCUCAAGAACACCCCGUUAUAAUGCGCAUGAUCAUUACGAUCCUGCUGAUUUUGCUGCUGAUCGAAGAUACAGGGUAUAUGACGAAUUAGGUUCAAGUCCACAAACAGAUGAAGCAACAUAUGAAGAUAGACUUCAAUCAGUUGUUGUAUCGCCACACCGUGGACACAAACAUCGACGUGACUCUAGUCCGGAGGAAAGAAAACUCUCCAAGGAAAGGCAUCGCAGUGUUGGCGGUGGAUCGAGACGAUCGCGAUCAGGAUCUCGCAGUCACAUCUCUCGUCGGCGACAUCGACGUCGCCGCGAUGAAUCGGGAUCUCGAGGUUCGCGAACUUCGCGCGCUGGCACUCCCCUGCGCGAUGAGCCAGACGCUCCACCCACAGAGCCACGUCGACCUCCGCGGGAACGACCACCUCUACCAAUGAGUCUGCCUCUCCCGAAGUUCGCUGUGCAGCUGUUGCGUGCUGCACCUACACAACCGCGCUCGUUACCACCUCCCGCACCGGCUUCUCCGCCGCGACCGCCCUCCGCUUCGUCUUCGAGUGGUGGCUCCGCCCCACACUCUCCUUCGCUUGAGGAACGUAUUCGCUCUCUUGACGAGAAGUACGAAAGGUGGACUGGCUCGCGCGCUCAUGCCGACGCACCUGAUCGAGCUCGCCUUCGUCAUCGCUUGCUCGAACUCGACGUCAAUGAAGUGAAGCCUUCGGAGGUAGUGCUCUCCUUACUCGCAAAGCGUUCCGUGUUCGACGAGGACUCGGAGCGGCUGGAGGGAGCUGCAAGGGUUCCAAGUCCAGCGAGUAGCCCACAUACAUUGCCAACGACAGUGCCACGUGUGCUACGCUACCCAUUCCCUGUGCAUUCCGUAGCUGCAACCGCGGUGCCUUGUUCCGCAACGACAACAUCUGCUGCUAGUUUGAUUUCGAUGGUAGAUCCUGAUGAAAUUGAACGCAUACAUUCAACAUCUCUUCAAAGAAUAACCAAAUUAACUGAUUUUGAAAGUUUGCAUGAAUCACGAUUAAGAACGAGAACGCCUUCCACUGAUAGAUCGGUAUUAGAGUUUUCCGAGAAGAAACAAUCACCGCCUAUUGAUAGAGACCGAGCUGAGUUGGAUGGCGAACGUGAUAAACCUGAGGGCAAAAUAAGAAACUCAUCGAUUCCAAUCCUAGACGAAAACAUAUCUUCAGCGAUUGAUAAAAUCGGAUUCGACAAGGCCAAUUUGGUUAGACCACUAGAUCAUAUUUUUUUGGCUCAAGCUCAAGAACAAAAGUUGAAUCAAAAUAUUUCGAAUGAAAGUCGGGGAUGCCAUGAAGAAAAAAUAACAACAAUUAAGAAAGAAGAUUACUUCGAAGACAAGUCUGUUCAAAAAUCCAGUGACUCAUUAAUUAAUAAAUAUGAGAGAAAUUGCUUUCGCGAUGAAACGAAAAUGCGUAGUCAAGAUAAUAAAGUAAUAAAACAAGAGACAAUUCAAUUGGACAUUCAAAUUAAUCAACACGAAAAAUAUAUUUUCAAGAGCGAAUAUGAUACAAAAACAGAAUCAAUUAUCCAAGAAGACAUUAAACAACAGUUGGAACAAGAAAGUAAAAUGCAUGAAUCAAGUUUCCGGAUAAAAAAAGAAACUGAACGAUGUAAAGAAAAAUCAUUUCAAAACCAUAUAAGUAAAGAUUCUGUGUCAUAUAAAAUACAUUCAGCCAAUCAUCUCAAUGCUAUAAAUUACGUGGAAUUAAUUAAAAAGAAUUCAGAACCGAACCAGGAUAAUAAACAUAACGAUAAGAAUAAAGAAAAAAGUGAAUCUACAGCUACUUCGCAAGAAGAUAAAUCUGGGAAAGAGAAUAUUGACUGUAUUAGAUCUAUAGAUAAAUCAGUCGAUGAAUCAAAAAUUGCUAAUAAUCUAUUGUUUUCACCUGAUCGAACAACAACAGAUAAUGGCAAAAUACAAGAAGAAAAUAGCAAAAACGAGCGUGAUAAAAUUAGACAUAGUAGAGACCGCGUUGACAAAGAUAUUGAAAAAGAAAGAUCUAAAAGUAACAAAAGUUUUAAACUUGACAGAAAUGAAAAAGAGCGUAAAACAAAGGAAGAUAUUUUAAGCGUUAAAUUUAAUUCUGAGAAAGUUGAUAAGCUUAAGUCUGACAAAGAGGGUGAAAAGCUUACGGAGAAAGUUGAAAAAUCUAGACAUAAUGAUGACAAGAGUGCCCGUCAUGAGAAUCAUAAGAAAGAAAAAUUUGAAAGAGAUAGAAAAAGAGACCUGAUUGAAGUUGACAUAUUGACAAAAACUUUAAAACGUGAGGAAAAGCACAGACAUGAUCGAUCUAAAAAGGAUAGUGACCCUAAACGAGACAUGAAAAAGGACACUGAUAGUUCAAAAAGUAGAAAGAGUUCGAGAGAUGAGUCUUCUAGAGAUAUUUGUCGAAAAGAUUCUACAGAUUCCACAACGUCGAGAGCGUCCCAUGACUCAUUAAAAUCAAAGGACUUGGAUAAUGCUGACAUAAAAGAAGAGCCAAAAUCUCGAUCUAAAGGUGCUGAUACUCAUAAACUUGAAGUCGAUAAAGAGCUGUCGAAGUCUCAUGACUAUAAUAAAUUGGAUGGUAAAUUAAAAAUUAAAAGUGAAAUUAAGGAGGAAAAAGAGCAUGGAGAACAGCCAUUUAAACAAAAACUAAAAGAAGAAAAAGAAUGUAGUGAUCAUAAUUAUAAGAAUAAAGUAGAUAAUUACCAUGAAAAUAUGACAAAAAGUAAGGCCGAUAUAUCUGAAAAACAAAGACAUUAUUCAGUAGAUUCACCUGGCCUUGAUUCUAAACGUAAGGAGCGACUUAAUUCGUGUUCAAGCUUGCCAUCUCAUAUUGGUCAUAAACGAAGAAUGUCAUCACAAGAUAGCAUAGACUGUCUUCAUUUAGAAGACAAUAAGAAAAGUCGUCAGGUCGAACGUCGUGAAUCUAAAGAUUCAAGGAGCUUAGAAAGGCAUAAAACUACUAAGUUUAGUAAAGGUCAUUUCGCUAAGAUAAUUGAAAGCAAAACAAAAGAUGAUAAGAAAAAUCAGGUCAAACCACCAGAUGACAUGUUUCUUAAUAUAAAGGACUGUGAUAUUAAAGAAACCGGAAUUGAUAAAAAUAAAAUAACUAAGAAAAGUCCGUCGCAAGAUAACGAGGAGAAGUCAGUUGGAAGUUCGGAUGCGUCAUCGGAAUCGCUCCAAAAUAAUAUUGAUUUUCUUGCCACAUUAGAACUCAGAUCUAGCGAAGAAGACGAAAAGCAAAAAGCAAUGCGAAAAGAAAUGAAAGAAAAGAAACGAAUACAGCAAUUGCAGCAGAUCCAAGAACUUCAAAUGCAACAAGAUGCUUUACAACAAGCUGAAAUAAGUAAUAAGAUAAAAGAAGAUCGUAAGGUAAAAAACGAUGACAAGAAAAAAGAAACUGCUCGUGAAAAGCGAAUGUCUACUGAUCGGAAAAGUAGGGAUGAACGAAAUGAUCCAAACAAAAGACGAAAUCGUAAACAAGUUCAGAGUACUGACACUUCAGAUUCCGACGAACCGAAAAAACAUUCAAUAUUUGAUAUUAUUGAUGAUGAACCGACAUAUAUUUCUAUGUAUGACAAAGUUAAAGCUAGAUCAUGUAAGAAUAUGCAAAAACAGGAAGAAGAAAAACGUCAGGAAAAAAUUAAAGCUAAAUUUAGUCAGUUAAAACAAAGUAGAGCAAAACGCGAAGAAAAGAAAAGAUCAAGCUGGGAUGAAGAUAGUGAUUCUGAAAAUGAACGUCGUAAAUGUCACAAAGCUUCUAUGGAUAGCUCUACCGAUGAUGAUCAGAUUGUAAUACAUAGCAAAAAGCGUGAGAAAUCGCAUGGUUCUAGUCUGGAAUAUGAUCGAAAUAGAACAAACGAUUACUUUGAUGUAGGUAGUAAUGAAGAAGAUUCUCGCAAUAAACUAUCUCGUAAAAAUUCACGGACUCGCAUUAUGUCAGAUACGUCCGAUGAAGACAAUGCUAAACGUAAUAUAAAUAGAAGUCCUACUUUUAUUGAUAAAAUAAAAAAAGAAAUAUUUUCAGAUUCUGAAUCAUCCCAAAAAUUUAAAGAUAUUGAGCUUAAAGAAUCAAGUGAUGAUAAAGUGAAGAAAACAUCUCUUUUAAAUUUAUUUGGUAAAAGUGACAGUGAAGAUAACCGAUUAAAAUCGAGCUUAGAUAUUGAAAUUGAUUAUAGAAUAUCAUUUGCGAAAAGCUAUCCUAACGAUUUAUCAUCCGAAAAUGAAUCUAGUCCACCAAAUAGAAAUAUAUCUGAAGUACGUAAAAAACAUAAAAAGAAACAGAAGAAAUAUAAAUUUUCCUUUUCUGAUGAAGAUACGAAGACUGAGACUGCUCAUGAAACUACCUCAGAAGUUGACACUAAACAUAAAAAUUCCGAUAAAGGGCGUCGUCAUAGUAACAAAAAAGAAAAAAGAAAAGAGAAAACUCGCGAUAGUCUUGACACUGAUGAACUACGAGAUGAAAAACUAAAAAUUAAAAAGGAAAGACGUUCACCGCAUCAGUCAUAUGACUUAAUGGCUGAAUCAGUUUCCAAUAAUAACAAAAAGGAAGGCAAAAUGGAAGACAUAUUUGGACCUCUUUCAGAUGAGUCUGAUAGAGAUUCAGGAAACAUAAAUAAUAAAACAGAAUCUCUCCCUCUGGAAUUUGAAUCACAGAUAUGUAAGAGCAAUGAAAAAGCCACUCUAAAUAACGAUGACAUAAAAAUUAAAGAGAGAGAUGAUAGUAGGCGAAAGAGAGAUAAAAAGAGGAAAGAAAAAAGACAUUUCAUUAAGGACGAUGACAAUAGCCUUGAUGUCGAUGCUGUCAGUAAGGCAAUCGAAGCUCGUUUGUUUGCAGACACUUCAAACAUGGAUGAUAAUCGUAUUAAGUCAGAUGGUUUAUCCGAUUUCGUUCCUAAAAAAGCAGAGAUUGAAUUAAAAUAUGCAGAUAUAAAUUACAAGAGAGAAUCUUUAUCUUUUAGUAAGUAUAGCGAUAAAAGCAAAAAGGAAUCCAGAGAAAGAAAGAAAAAGAAAAAGAAAAAUAGAGAAGAAAGACAAAGUCGAAAAGAACAUCAUCAUAGCUAUCAUCAUGAGAAAAUCACGAAAGUUGAGGGUACUUACAUGGAAAAUAGUAUCCAAUUAUCUCCUAAAACGAUGUUGCUUGAUAUACCAUUACCUACUGAUAUACAGAAGGUGGAAUUGACCGAUAAAUCAGAUGAUAGUAAGUCUCUAUCUGAAUCUCCGAGUUUACCUAGGAUAACAGACAGUCCCCCGUUCCUGAUUCAGUCAGAUGAAAAUAAUGAUAUUAAAAAUAAUGAAUGCGAUACUCCUAAUCGCUUAGUUGUCGAUGAUGGAAUUGAAAUUGAUUAUGAUCUAACAAGAAAUAUUGAAGUUAAUGAUAUUCCGAUGCCACCUCCAAUAGACAAUAUCGUUCAAGACAUCAGUGAAGUACCAUUACCCAAAGAUCCCCCACUUGAUAUUGAAACAAGUAAACAGAGUAUUCUUACACCUUUUAAUCUUGAAAUUGAAGAAGAUACGGAUGUUAAAAUAAGUGAAGAUGCAGUACGCAGUAUACCCAAUUUAGAAAAUGAUACAGAAAAACAAUCUGAAAAAACGAUUGUAAAUGAUUCACAUUCUUGUAAAGUUGAUAAAAAAAUAGAAGAAAAACAACGUGCAAUCAUUUCUCAAGAAGAAACAGAAGACGCCGUAGCUGCAUUGUUGGGUGAGAGCUUUGGUGGAAAGGUAAAUACUUUUGAUAGUUGUUAUGAAGAGGUGGAAAAUAAUACUGUCCAUCAAAUUGAAAUUGAAAGUACACCAAUUGAAAAUGAAAUAAUUCCUGAAGAAGAUGCGGAAGAAAUGAGACAAGCAGUUCAAAAUUUAAAUGCAAGCGAAAUGGAAAUGAAGCCUGAUACACCAGUUUCUGACAAUGACUUGCUUUUAAUUGACACCGAUACAGAAGAAAUCGAGGAAACAAAUCAAGACGCUAUUGAAAGAUUACCAGUAAACAUCAUAACAGCUAACCAAUCUCUUAACAAUAACACAAAAACAAAUUUAGCGCAGACUACAGAAAUAUCUAAUAUUAUUGUGACGAAGCCGAAGACAAAUAUAGUACAAACUAUUACUAAGGAAUCAAUUGAAAUACCUAAAAGUUCUAAUGAAAGUAAAAUAAAACCGAUUUUAACGAAACAAGAAACUGUCCAACAAAUAACAUCUACAGCAACUCCAGUCAUUACCUCUUGGACUUUGUCAAAUAAUAAAUUAAUAGAACAACCACAUCUUCUUAAUAUUCCUGUAAGUUCCAUAGCAAAUAGAGAUAAUACCGAAAACAAGCCUACUCACAUAACAGCUAACAUUGUGCAGAUAAAAGCCACAGAAAAUCAAAACAUGCAAGUAAACAAUACUUUGAGACCUAUAAUAAAUUCAAAUCGAGUGAAUCCACCAUAUCAAGUUAUAAACCAGAUGAUUAGACCUCAAGUAUCUAGUAUGCAGCCACCUACAAUAAAAAUUCCGGAACCUCAUAUUAUUUACCAAAAACCUCAGGGAAUUGUUAUUUCACCUAGAAUGACCAAUGAACAAAUAUUGCUUAGCCCUAAACCUAAUCAACAAACAGAAACUGUGACUUCACCACGGUUAUCAAAUAUGGUAUUGAAUACUUCGCAACAAAAUAUAAAUUCAGUUGGAUUAUCUUCACCGACUGCUUUACAACAACGAUCUCCAGGUCAAGUUACUGUUGUUAGAAUGCAACAACCACCACUUAGUCCAAUACAAACAGUGCAUAUUCCUCAUGGUGCUAGAACUAUGGUUUCUCCUAAUAGACCUAAUUCAGUCUUGGUACAAACACAAGGUACCCCAAUACAUUUCAACAGAUUACCCGUAACACCAGUUCUAGCACCUAUUUCUAAACAAUUGAACACUAACAACGUCAUACAACAACCUAAAGGAACUGGAGUAAAUAAUCCACAGUUGAUGCAUCAGCAAAAGAUUAUAGCAGGAGAUUCCAGGAAAUCGGAAAAUAUUACUGAUACAGCUAAAAUUAUUUUAUCCCCAACAAGAUUGCCACCAAGUUCGAAUCAUACAGUAAUGGCGCCAAAUCGUCUUAUUCCUAUGCAGAAUGCAUUGCAUGUUAAUAAUAUUAAUUCAACUUUACAUCUUUCUAAUAAAGUAUUAUUAAAUAACAAAAGUCAAUUGAUUGAAAAAAGAGAAACUCAAACGAAUAAAUCUGAAAAUAACCACAUACCGUUUGUUUCGUCACCUCUUAUACAUGUGGCUGGUGUUUCUCAUUCAACAACGUCUAUUAUUCAAGGUACAGGUAAAUCAAGCAUUUGCAAUAUUCAAGAAACUACCGUUAAUAGAGGACAUGGAUCUAAUGUAAUACAUACAAUAAAUUCACAAAGACUGCUUACAACAAGUUCCGUGACAAACGUCGUGCAGCUGGAUGCAAACAAAGGAUCUCCUUCUGUUUUAUCUAUGGCUACAGUAAAGCCGGCGUCUUCUUUAGGUAAAUCAGAAACGUCCAAUUCUGUCGUAGUCACAACUUCAAGUCUUGGUAACGUAGUUAUGACUCCGUUGCUACUAAAAAGUUCAACUCCAAAAGCUACUAUACGUUUACAUUCAAGAAGUGAAAGCGAUCAUGUUGAUAACCAUAUGCCGAUGUCAUUACUAAAUCAUGCUCAGCGUGAUCUUGAUUCUCAACACAAACAACACGAGCAAUCUGAUAAAAUGAUUGAAGCUCCUGGUACAGAAUUAAAUUCCGAAAAUUCAGCAUCCUCAAUUUCUACAUCACCAGUUGAAAAUAUACCCAAAUGUGAAACAGACUUUGAGGAAUUAUUAAAAGACAAUACAAAUGAAAUCAAAAUUACAAAUGAUCCUGAAAAAAAAGUAGAAAUAAAUGUCGGUAAAAAUAUAACUCUUAACACGCAAAGUCACGAUAAAAGCGAAAGUACUGAUUAUGCCGCUAGAGAUAAAGAAGAAAUUGAGAUACCAAUGUCGAAACAGACCUUAAGCCAGGAAAUACUAAAAAAUAAAAAUGAUAAUGAUUAUACAAUGGCAUUAAUUGAAAAGUCAGAAAAUAAUUUUAAAGAAAAUGAUGUCAAAUAUACUAGCCAAGAAAAAGCUGAUGAAAGUUUACCAAAAAUACAAGAAAAAAAUGAUAAAGUUAACACUUACGACAUAAAUGAUAAUUCUAAAAAAUCUGAUUUAAAAGAAAACAAAGAACAAUUAUUUGACUUACUUACAAAUCAUGAUCAAAAUGUUAAUAACGAUAUAAAAAACAUAGAAGAAAAUGAAUACUGGACAGCCAAAGAUGUUAAUAUUGAGUCAGUCAUUAAAAAAGUAGAUUCUUUAUGUAAUGAUAAUUUAGAUGAAAAGAAAGUUGAAAUUAGUGAAGAAAGAAAUCUUACCACAAAGGACACAGAAAUUUUAAAAUCGGAAACAAAUACAUCAAUCGACUCUCUGGAUCAAGGAGAAUCCAAUAAAAUUGAUCCUUCCAAAGUAGAAUCUUUUAAACAAACAGAGAAUAAAGAGGAACCAUUUCAUGAAACUAAUUUAAUUGAGGAAUGUAUUAUAGAAAAAACAACACCUACUGGAAAAAGAGGUGGUCGAAGUGCUCGCGGCAAAAGAACAGAUAAAAAUCAAGACAGAGUACAAACUCGUCAGAUAAAUAAACCAUCCCGAGGGACUUCAAAACGUGGGAGAGGGAGGCUAAAAGUAGAUAAACAAAUAAAAAAUAUGGUAUCUAGUAAUUUAAACAAUAUGCCUGGUGACGUCUAUGAUUUUCACGAAGACUCUGGAGAUGAAACCGUAACAUCACCGAAUAAAACUGAAGUAAGGCCCCGCUUAAUUUUGACAAUAAAAAGUCCUCUUUCUGGACACUCGAAUGCAAUUGCAACAUCAACUCUUAGUAUAACACAGAAGGAUCAAGUUAAAAGUGUAGAGAAAUCUAAAGAAGACAAAAUUGAAGUUUUUGCAUCACCUUCAACAAAUACUCGAAAAUCCAGACGCCUACAGGAAAAGGAUAUUCAACGAAGCACUGUUGAUGACGUAAUCGAUGAUGUGAUCAAAGGUUCUAAUACAGUUCAAUUUAAAAACAGUAAAGAAAGCAAUAAAAAAAGAUCUACAAGACUAAGUGGCACUAAAACGAAUAUUGAUAAAGUACCUCAAUGUGACACAAGAAAGUCUCCAAGAGGCGUAAAAAGGACAAGAGAUAGAAGUCUGUCCGAUGCCUCCUUAGAUAGCAGCGACGAAAAUGCUAAAAAGGAUGACACAGUUAAGGAAACUAAAAUACAAAAAUUAGUCGAACCAAUUGCUACUGCUAAGAUAGAAACUGACACGGCAAUCAAAAUGACAACUACCUCUUCUACAGUUGUUGUUCCAUCAUCUAACAAUCCAACUCCUAUAAUGAAACCGCCUAAGAAAAUGAUAUCAGAGAUUAGUGCCAAACUAGCAAGUGCCUUUGAAGCAGCUGCGAAUGCAACGAAUCGGGUCGGUGGUGCUUCUCCAAUAGUGCACGAACGGCCGCUGCAAUUAGCCGAGCGACAACCUGAAAUAGAACGUCUCCUACCACCCGCCGCCGAUCUCUCACCUGCUGUACCCGGUGAGGUUGUCGCCGGAGACGCUGGAUACGUCCGCCGCAUCGUCGACAACGUACCGUCUAAUAUGAUGCCGGUCGGUGCGACCGAGGCCACUGACGCGCGCGUACAGUCACCGGCUCUUCCACACCGUCCACCGUCCGUACACCAUCCGCCUGACCGAGUCACACCGAUUCUUGUCAGAGGCGGAGAAGGAGAGGCAGGAGCGGCGAGCGCGCUGGGCGGCGUGGCAGGCGCAUCGCGUGGAUUCCGCGGCGCCUACGCGGGCCCGGCCAGUCUGCCCCGCGGCGCGCACCAUCCGCCGCACUCGAAGCAGGUCGCCGUCGUUGGUCCGCAACAUCACCCGGGAUCACGAGUUACCAUUACGAGUGUCCCUGCGGUCAGUCCUCAAGGCCAAGUUGCAUUGUCUGCGGAUUUAGUUAGAAGUCCUCCGCCUGCACAUCAACAGACUUCUCCUAUCACCUCGGUAUAUCAUAAUGGCGAAGGAAUGUAUCCUCAUUUCUCGCAUCACCAUUAUCAGAUGUACCAACAACAUUUUCGUGCUACACAGUACGAAAACCUGCCCACACCCACUUCUUUCACAAGAGGCGCGCUGGAGGCGGAGGGCUCGGAGGCGCCGACACCGCCCCUGGAGCUGCGGCGCCCGCCGUCCGCGCGCGUGCCGCGCCCCGCGCACUCGCCGUCGCCCCUGCCGCACGACAGGCAUAUCAUGUACGGCGUGCGCUGCGGGCGCUCCCCGCCGCCGGCGCACGGCACGUCGCGCCCGCCCGCCGCGCUGCCGCCGCCCGGCCCGCCCGGCCCGCCGCACGCGUCGCAGGUGCCGCGCGAGGCCGACUCGCUCCAGAUGUUGCUGCGGCGGUAUCCUGUCAUGUGGCAAGGAUUACUGGCCUUGAAAAACGAUUCAGCUGCGGUGCAGAUGCACUUCGUGGGCGGAAACCCCGGAGUGGCGGCAGACGCACUGUUACGAAACUCUGACGGUACGGCUGCUUCGCUGUUGCGCAUCGCACAGCGCAUGCGCCUCGAGCCGGCACAGCUCGACCAAGUGCAUCGCAAGAUGAAGCUGGAGAACGAACACUGCAUGCUGCUGGCGUUGCCUUGCGGUCGCGACCACAUGGACGUACUACAGCAGUCCACCAACCUCACGGCCGGUUUCAUCACCUACCUGCAGCGCAAGCAGGCCGCCGGCAUUGUCAACGUAGCGCCUACGCCCGGACACCAGCAGUCAUUAUACACGGUCCAUAUUUUUCCUUCGUGUGACUUUGCAAACGAGAAUCUAAAUCGCAUCGCGCCUGACCUCAUGCACCGGGUGGCCAACAUCGCGCACUUGCUCAUUGUCAUCGCCACUGCCAUCGGAUGAACGACGCAAGACGAGGCGCCUCCGUCGGAUAUAAGCCUCGAUUCUAGGAUAUGACGACCUAUAAUCAUUGAACGUGACAAAUAUUUUACCCGACGUGGACACAGCUAGAUGAAUAUUUUAAUAAAAAAAUUGUAAAUAUAUCCAGGUUGUGAAACUUCAUUUUUACUAUUAUCGUAGUUAUUCAUCGACCUGGUGGAAGCCGCCGAUCAAACGUUUAAUACUGGACAUUAAUAUAGUGUACUCGGAAUUGCGUCGGAUUACCUCUUCGAAAGUGAACGUUCGUUGUAGUGGAGUAAAGUUAGUGUAUUUAUUGUUACGGCUUAGCGUCGCGGCGGCAGGCGCGCUUGUAUAAAGUUUAACGUAGUCGUAAGCCGCCGUCAACUAUUUAAGUGUUAGAUUUAAGACAUAGCUUUGUAAAAUACUUUUGUUAUGGUCGACUGGGCUCGGCCUUAUUCGGAGUUUAAAUUUAUAAAAAGGUAUGAUAGUGACGUGCGAUGUCAGUUGAUAAAGUAUAUUUAAUUUUGGGUUCCGAUUAGAUAAGUGGCAAUCUAUCGAGCAUUUUUUAUUGUUAGUGUAAAUUGUUAUUUUGUUUUAAGCCUAGGAUCUAAAGUAAUUUAAAUCUUGUAAAUACCGAAUCUAUCCAUACUAAAAUUCGAUUUAUUCAUUUAGAUCAUUACGGUAGGUAAUGGAUAACUCUGUAACUGGGUAUCGAAUGAUGACUUCUUUAUGUAAAAUUAAGAUACAUGAACGGUAUGAAACGGUAAAAAAUACACAUGGAAAAUAAACUGUGAUUCUGACUUUUUACGUAGGCUUAUAGGUAGUCUUAAAAAAGCAUACUGAGCAAUGCAUGUGUAGCCAACGGCGCGUGCAGUGUCGCCUUUGUCAUUAAUAAGUAAUAUAGGAUUCAUUAAACAUUAAGUCCACCUUCAGAAAAAUUGUGAUGGUUAAAUUAUCAUUUAAUAUUAUCCAUGUCACCAGAUUUUAUUUUUCUAUGACUUCAUUUAAAUUUAACACUUGUCAUUAAAAAAGUCCUUAAUUUUAAACACAUCGCAAACAAUCUUUUUAAAAUAUAUUUAUAGAAAUUUAAAUAGUGAAACGAAUAUUUUAACUAAUAAUUAAUAAUAAUUGACAUUUGUCAAUCAUACGUUGAAGAUUAUUAUACAAAAAACAACGCUCGUCGAUCGAUGCUUUUCGGCUACCGAGAUAACCUAUGUGUAUAGUUUACAAAUUACCAGAAAUAUUUCCAGUGGUGGUUUUAAUAAGAUCGUAUUUUUUAAUAAAUAGUUGUAUAUUAGAAUUUACUUCGAAACAUUUGGACACGAGCGACGUGGCAAUCGCCGUUGCACACUUACAUUGUUUCGACAGUUAAUUUCCCAUUCCAUGCGACCGCCUCAUGCUGUUUACUUGUUGUAAUUCCUUCGACUAAAGACUGUCCGUUCGAGCAGCGGUGCCGCUCGCGAUAUUCUUUACUCUCAAAGGUAUCUUGGUAAUGCUACGAAAAUAACUACAAAUAAAUUGAGAUGGUAGGCGCACUAAUAAUUAUUAGUGAUUAUAAUAACUUAUUCAUUAUAAAUCGCACAAAUUAACAAUAUUGUACUUCUCAUAUUAUAUAAAUACCAUUGUCUGCAUCCAAUUCACCUAAAGCUUCAGUGGUUGCUAAUUAUAAUUCGUUGUUUCACCUAUAAUUUCUACUUAAAAAUGUUUACAUCGUCGUUUCGCAAUGUAUAAUUAGAUAACAGUGCGACUCUUUUGUCGUACGAGAAAUAAAGUACAAAAUAUUUUAUGUAUUGUAAUUUUAUAUGUACGAUAUAGGAAUAACAGCACAGGUAACAUAUUGUAUUGUAUAUUCUUUUAAGGACUAAUGUAUAGGUGUAUAAAUGUUAUAUGUUUCGUCAUGUUUCCGUCGCAUACAGUUCUCAAUAUAGCUAGGAGGAACACUAACGAACUGUCACUUCGUCCAUUAAUUUUAAAACAUAAUUUUAUUAGUAAAUGGAUGCCCUAAUGUUCACUUAUUUGAUUUUCUUAUAAAGGAAAUCAAUGUAAAUAAGUCUUCAGUAAACAUAGCGAUACAGUAUUUAGUCUUGAUAUUGAGAUAAAUUUAUGAGAUAGGCAACACAUGAGAAUUAUAAAAGAAAUAUUUAUUAUGGUCAAAUUGGUAUUUUUACUCAUUCUUUAUUUAUUGCAGUGGUGUGAUUAUUUUUUGGCAAUAACAUAAAAAUACUAUUUAAUAUUAUAAUUAUCAAGUCUUUGCCAAUAAGUAAUUGCAUCCUAUGUUUUCGUCAAGGUGUCAAUUACUAAUAUUUAAAAUGUACACAAAGACUUUCAUGUUCAAGACAAAGAUCAUUGUUAGGUUUUUUUUAAUGUUUUUUGUUCCUAAUUUAUAAGGUUCGGCAGACUUAAGUCACCAGACUGUGAGAAGUAUAAUAUAGUUUUGUGUCUUUCAAGUGUUUCAAAUUUUUUUGCGUAUAUGGAUUGUUACAGGAGGCGUCUCACUUCAAGGUGCCUUCAAAAUUAUCGUUAUUUUGAAUACACCAUGACGUCAGACAAAUAUAUUUACUUUCGUUUAAUUGCAAUGUUUUCAAGCAUGAAGUGGUUCCGCGGGUAUGGAAUGGUAUUGUACGGCGGGUCGCUUGCGGUGGUGGCUGUUGUCUGUGUGCGAGUUGAUAGAGUUUAAAUAUAUGUAAAAUUAACAUUUGAUCUCAAGUGUGCAGCAAAAGUGAAGGUGAUGACUAGACUGUUAUAUUGCAACAGCUGUGACCGGACGCGCUCCCUGCUUCUUUGGUUUUAAUAUAGUGAAAUGUAAGGAUAUAAAAAAUAUUGUGAUCAUAUUUCUACUUUAAGUUUAAUUUGCUAGGAUUUAGAAAUAAUUGUAUAUUUUGUACAUAUUAAAAUAGUAUUGUAUCUUAACUUCCCUUUAUCCAAAAACCCAGACUCCUGCGUGUUAUGUACCUCCUACCUACCAAUACUAUUAAAAAAAUAAUACAUAAAAAGUGUUUUCAUUUACAUCA